AACAGGAAAUAGACAAGUAACUGCGUAUUACUGCGACCGAAAACUGCAAAACAAAACCCUCGUCCUCUGCUGUUGUUAUUCUUCCACACAAAUAGACAUCAAUAACCCGAGGAUUAAGGCUUUUAUAAGCCUUGGAAUUCUCCUCAAGUUCUGAUUCAAUAGCUGGGAUGCAUAAUUUCCCUCUAAAUUUUAGCUUGUUUAAUGGCAGGUAUUGGAAAUUUCACAGUAAAAAGGAAGAGAUAUUUAUUAGACAUAGAAAUCCAUUAAGCAACAGGCGAAGAUUAUUUACGCGGUCGUAAGUAUCUGCAAGGGAGGUUUGUUUUGUUGUUGUUUUUUUACAUUUGAAGGUAACGUUAAUAGAGCGCUGUUUUUUCUCGAAAUUGAGACAUUUAUUAUAUAUGUGCUUCUAUAGGGGGCAUCGAAGUAGAGAUUAUUCGAUUUUAACCCAAUAUUGGCUUCUUAUUAAUAAUAUUCGGUUUGUACCAAUCUCCAAACUAACGUGCUAAUCGUUGUUUAGGUUUGGCGUAACGGCAGAAUAAGUGGUCGAUGGUUGUUUAUCAAAGGACAUCUAGUGUUAGUAAAGAGUUGUUGCAGUUCUGUCAAAAUAUAUUAUAGUUAAAUAAACCAUGAAGCUCCUGGAAAACUCAAGUUUUGAGGCUAUGAACAGUUUGCUCACUAUUGAAACGGGAGACUGCAAGAUAAUUGGACGUAUUGAGAGCUACUCCUGUAAGAUGGCUGGUGACGACAAGCAGAUGUUUAAGCAGUUUUGUCAGGAGGGGCAGCCGCACGUGCUGGAGGCUCUGUCUCCUCCGCAGAGCUCCGGAAUCAGCCCCAACAAAUUUAGUCAGAGUUUGGAAGAUGGGGAGGGUCCUCUCUCGGAUAAGUGCAGCAGAAAGACUCUCUUUUACUUGAUCGCCACUCUCAAUGAAUCCUUCCGGCCAGACUAUGACUUCAGUCGCACCAAAGGCCAUGAUUUCAGCAAGGAGCCCAGUGUUAAUUGGGUGUUUAAUGCAGUGAACAGCAGUUUGUCUGCUGCUGCGGGUGAGGUGUACAGUCACCUACAGCCUCAGUUAUGGGAAGCGCUUGACAAGGAGAUCAGCCUUGCUGAAUGUGACAUAUACAGUUACAAUCCUGACCUGGAUUCAGACCCAUAUGGAGAAGAAGGCAACCUGUGGUCCUUCAACUACUUCUUUUAUAACAAAAGACUGAAGAGGAUUGUGUUCUUCACAUGCCGUUCUGUCAGUCUUUUCAUGGCUCCUCGAGACUCUGGCAUCAGCACAGAAUUGGAUCUGGAAUUGGAUGAGGGCAGCUAUGAGGAAGAGGAAGAGGGGAACAUGGAUGAAGAGAGGAAUGGUGCACUGUGUGCCUGGUGAAGCCCUCAUUUCUGUCCUCUGAAGACGCAAUCUCUUGCCUGAGUUUUCAUGCCUGUCAUUCUUUUCUGUUUUUUAUGUGUUCAAUUUUAUAUUGUUGGUCAUUUCUUAGGAAUGAGGAGAGGUUGUAAUCCAGAGAUUUUCAAGUGCUGGUUAUUGCACUUUAACAUUUUCCGUUACUUCAUUGCAUUCACUAGACUUACUUCUAACACCGCCCUUUGAGGGAACCAGUGUGAUGUGUGUUAGCAUAUUUUUACUCUCUUGCUUUUUUAAAAUCUCAAAUGAGGUCCUUUUUAUUUGUCUCUGAGUGUAAGUUGAAUUUUGCAAGUUUUAUUCUCCCUCACUUUCCCUCUCAACCCUGUUCAAUAUUUUCAGUAGUUUUUAUGUCUCCAUAAAUGUCACAGUAUUUCCACUAGGUGGCAUAUUUCAACAUCUCAUCAUCUUUGCUUCCUGCCUCUAGUUACUCUUUUUGAGCAUAGUUCAGAUUUAAUUUUUUAAAUCCAGUUGUGGACAUGUGCUCAUAACUCAAAAUUUUCCUAGUUUUCACUUUCUUUUUAUAAAUGAUAAAAUAACUAAAUAUUUGUGUUUGUUUUUAACCCUUAAUACAUUUUCUUCAACUUUUUUUUUUUUAAAACAUUGCCCAGUAGAUUUAUUAAUGUUGACCUACGGAUCAACUUCCCUUUUUAGUUUCGCCCCCAAAGCUAUUAAAAACGUGAAAGAAAAACAAUGAUGGGUCUGUAAAGUUUAAUUUUCAUAAAGCUUUUUAUUUGUCGUUACUGGUUUUUAUUUGGAUUUCGCAACUUUUGUGAGGUGUAGAACGUGAAGUGAACAUAGCAGUUCCACUUUCUUCUGUGAAGACCUGCUUGUGGUGAUUGAAUUUACGUUGUCUGACAACGCAUUUGACUAUAAAGGCAAAAAUUCUGUGUUUAUAGCUGUUGUGGAAAGAUAUUAUGGUAGAUAUUAUGACCUAUAAGACUGGGUGUUAGUGAACUAUAUUGCAUCCCGUUUGACAUCGUACAGCUUGAUCGGUUUCAUCUACUGUGGCUUGAAUACUUCCUCAUGAUGAGCUCUGUAGUUUGUAUUGUCCUGUCCACUGUUAUGUUGGAGGGCUUCUUGAAUAUCUGGCCAUAUGUGGUGAAAUCACAAUCUUUCUGAAUUCCUUUUCCAUUUUAGAUUUGACUGUGACCCAUCCAUGUUUGUAAUUUCAAGCACUUUGAUAUAUUAUAAAGUUGAGCCAGUAUAAGAACAGAGAUGCAAGAUCAUCUUUUGUUGUUAAUUGCAUACAUUAUUUCUACAAAUUGUUUUAGAGUAUAGUCCUACAAAAGUACCAGGAUGCAUUAACAUGUCCUUCUUGGCAGCUUAAAACAUUUGUAUAAAUUUCUUUUUAAAGAGCAUUUGUGUUAUUUCCUAAAUGCUGUGUCAAAUAAAUAUCUACUGACUUAAUGUGCACCGAUUGGGAUUUUUAUUGGGGAAAAAAAACCUUGCUGGGCGCCAAAAGUACUGCUGUACAGUUCUAGGCUGAAUGUCAACAUGAUUAUUUUAGCAUCAUUAAUCAGACCACAUCUAGUAAUGAAUCCUUGAACAGCAGCAAAGCAAUACAGUAUCAUUUUUCAUUUUAUUUGUACUGGCAACAACACAAUACUUGUUUGUGGGUACGUCACCCCUUGAAACAACAACAACACAUGUAGUGUCCAAUUCUCGCUAGUGACAAAAACAUAUCUACAAAAUGACAAGUACUUUACCAAGAAAAAAAAAAAAGGGUCAAAGCAUUGCAUGCAGGCAUCACAAACGAUAACGUAUGUAAAGCCUUUGUUUAGCUCGACAGGCACACCUCUAAACCAUUAUAUGGACGUUUCCUGUGGCGCGUGACGUGCCCCACUUCCCUUCAGGGUCAAACCUGCUCUACAGCACAAAUACAUAGUUUAACAGACAUUUACAAAAGA